UUAUAUUUGCAUAGGAAAGAGAAGCCGAAGCUAAUUUUCUUUCUCUGGCAGCUUAGACAGAGUCACAAGCUCCAUUCUAGGGUUUCGCUUUUUACGUCGUCUUCACCACUAACGCAGAACACUGCAUUUGUCAAAGUGAAGCAUUACAGUUUUGGUAAGUGAGAUGAGUGGAAGUGGCAAAAAGCGCUCUUCAAAGUGGGAUUUGAGAGUUGAUCCUGAAUUUUCACCUGAUGCUAGUAAGCAAUUACGGCCUGGGUGGUCCUCUACAGAUGUUGCUGGUAGCAAUAGUUCAAAGUGGUCGUAUUUGGAAGGAAGUGAUCAAUUAAAGCCUGAUAUGGGAUUUUCAUCCAAGGAACCUUUUUCUGGAGGCCGAGGUUCACAUAAGGACGAUGUUAUGAAUAAAGACUAUGGAUGUUUGGAUGCAACAAUGGAAUGGGAUGAGGAUGGUUACAACAAGAAAAUUUCUCCUGAAUCUGAGGAAUGGAAACCUAAGAGACAUAGUCAAUCUCCUAAAAAUGGUUGGAGCAGGCCAGUCAGGAGUCGAAGCAGGAGCCCUCCUCAUGGUUUUAGGUGGGAUUCAGGAGUCAGUGACAGAAAUAGAAUGCGGGCUGGAGGAUCGGCACAACCAUGUAGAGACUUUGGUGCUGGUAAAUGCAGAAGAGGUAGCCAUUGCCACUUUCUUCAUGAUAGUCAAAAUCAUGAGGAUAGUUGGGAAAAUAAGAGCAGGAAAGAUGGAGCUCCUAGAUAUUCUGUUCCCCAAGACGGUAGAGACUAUUCUCUCAAGAGUGGCAGAUCUAAUGAAGCUUGUACUAAUUUUGCAAAGGGAAGGUGUAGAAUGGGAGCAUCAUGCAAGUUUGUGCAUGACAAUUCUGAUGGACAUGGUAAAGUUUCUGUGGAUGAAUUAAAUAGAGAGAGGGAUAUUGAUAGAAGGCACAGAGAUAGUUCUUUUGAGCAGGGAGGCGGACAUGGACCAAACCGAAGUAAUGAUACUCUUUGCAAAUUUUUUGCUAAUGGAAAUUGUCGAAAUGGUAAAUAUUGUAGGUUUUCUCAUGAUAGGCAAGCAUGUAGGAGCCCUAAUAGAAGAUUAAGAGAUGAUAGGUGGGCAAGCAAUCCUGGGGGAGAUCAUCAUAGGAUGGAUAGACCGAAAUUGAGUGAUUCAGAUAGUCCUAAUAGAAGGCCCAGGGAUGAUAGGUGGGGUUCAGAUGGUAACAAGGCUGAUGCAGAUGAAGUUUUGGACAGUCCAAAGUGGAAUGAUACAGUUGCUGUAUCUGAUUCAGGAAAGCUGGUUGAGGGCAAAAGUGAAAAUGUUGGUGCCACAGAGCCAGGAUUCACUUCGUUACCUACAAGGUAUGGAUGGAGUCAUAGUUUGGAUAAGAGCAGAGUGCAUGAUGAGCAGCCUUUUUCAAGUGAUAAGAAGGAAGUUAACAGUUGGGUAUCAGGAAGUACUGGUACUAACAUUGUUUCCCAGUCAAUAGGUACAGACAUUUGGUUGGGUGAUACGAAAAUGUCUCCUGAUUGGCAUUACAGGGUGGGAUCAUCUAACACCAUUGAAGAAAAGCAUGAACAAAAUAAGCGUGGGGUAAAACAAGGUGGUACGUAUUUAGCCACCUCUGAACGUGACAGAAUACAAAUUGCUGCAGCACAAGGCACUAAUCAGAAUGCAGAGAGUUUGAAUCCUUUGCAUUCUUCUGGCUUGCAAGCAGUUGGACAAAGGCAGGCCCCAGUUCCGAUUCUACCUUCAAAGAGAGGAAUUGUUGAUGGUAUGCCAAACCAGGAAGUCUCCACUGAGAAAAAAUACACUGCUGAACCAAAUAUUAUGGAUUCUGGCUUAUCACAAGUUAGUUCAAGAAAUCCUCCUCCCACUGAGAAUCUGGUAGGCCAAGAACAGCUUGCUCAGCUUACCAAUCUCUCAGCCUCUCUGGCCCAUAUCCUUGGGACAGGGCAACAACUACCGCAACUUUAUGCUGCUUUAAAUUCUCACUAUGCCAAGGACACAUCCUCCCUAGCAAAAGCUGAGGUGUCUGUUGUGCCUGUUUCCAAUUCAUUCAUCCGCUCUGAUCCUGCUGUGCCUGUUUCCAAUACGUUCAUCCACCCUGAUCCUGCUGUUGGACUCCUGAAGCAGUAUGAUCCAAUGUGUGAUAGUGUUGAGCCAAAGAGGGCUGCUGCAAGUGGGUUACCCCCAUCCAUUCCUCCAAGUAAAAGAGUUGCAGAAGAUGUUAUGGAAAUUCCAUCACAGUUGUCCAACACAUCAAAACAAAACCAUGGUGAUUCUUCCAAGGCUGCUGGCCCAGAAGAAUUAGUCAAGAGUGAUCCUCUAGUCCAGUUGCAAUCAGGUCAAAACACCGAAGUUGGUAAGGAUGAUAACAAGGAAGUGUUACCCGAGGAAAGACACAAAUCUCGAGAUGAUCCUAAAAGUACCAAAGAGAAUGGUCCUUUGGAAAACAUGGAGCAAACUGGAGGUCCUGAUGAGUCCAAGAAAACAAAGGAUUUGAAGGGGAUUCGUGCAUUUAAAUUUGCACUGGUUGAGUUUGUUAAGGAGCUUCUGAAACCAACAUGGAAAGAAGGUCAAAUCACCAAAGAUGAUUAUAAAACAAUCGUGAAGAAAGUUGUUGAUAAAGUAACUGGUUCCAUGCAGGGGGCCAAUAUUCCUCAGACACAAGAGAAAAUUGACAACUAUUUGUCAUUUUCAAAACCAAAGCUUAAUAAACUUGUACAGGCGUAUGUGGAAAAGGUUCAGAAGGCUUAGUGCAACUAUUUUAAUUUGACUGUCAACUCUAUCAUUUAUAUUUGACUCAGAAUUGUUGUCUGAAAUAUGUAUACUGCUUCUUUACCUCAGUUUUUUUUUUUU